GUCAUGUGGGCUUGGAAACUUGCCCCCGCCCCCCCAGCAGUCAAUUACUUUCGUGACUGGAUGGGGUGUGGGGGCGGGAACGGAAAAAAAACAAAGGUUGAGUUACUGUUUAAUAAUUGAUAGAGAGCACUCAGUGACUGGGCUGUGGUUUCUUUGGCCUAAUUGAAGCAUUUAGCCUUGUGAGGUGAUCACAUUGUUUACCCGUCUGCGUGGAGAACACCCCAGUUCAGAUUUGGAUGGGAGGGGUAUGGAAGUUGAAGGAGAGAUUAAAGACAGUGUUGGCAGAGAGCGAAUACAACCAAAUGGCUUGGAAGGUCAGUAAAAGCAGGGACACGGAUUUGAGGUAAAUGAUAGAAGAGCUGAGAUGCGGGAAAUAUUUUUACGCAGUGAGUUAUUUUGAGCCUGAAAGGGCAGUAGAAGCAGAUUGGAUGGUAAUUAUCAAAGCGGAUUUGGAAACAUACUUGCAGGGAAACAUUAGCAGAGCUACACAAAAUAAAAGAGUGGGGGUGCGGGACUAAUGGACAUCUCUUUCCAAAACAGGCCAGGCACUCCUGCUAAUUGACCGCCUCCUGUGUUUCAUUGUACCACAGAUAAACGUUCGGUUGUUUCUCUGAGGCCGAGGGGGGGGGUUGUGGAACGAGAAGGCAGCAAAAGGGGAGCUGGAGCUAGAGUUCAUACAGUCUCCAGCUGCCAGUGCUGAGAAGGAAGGGAGUCGUAAAAAUAUUUCCCGCCUCUCAGUUCUUCUGCCAUGUACCUCAGACCUCUGUCGCCUGGCUUUACUGACCUGGCAGGCCACGAGUUGUUUGUGUUCUGCAAACAGUGUUUUUAAGGAGAGAGGGAGUGAGGCGGAGGGAGGUGGCUGGAGGAUAGCAGCACCAGAUGUUGCUGUUUAAGUGACCGCUUUGCAGCUUGUCCGCACGUGAGAAAGAGAAACAAAAAGAUAACAUCCCUAUUUCCCAGGCCUGCGGGACCUCCCAAACUAAUCUAAAGCCGAUGUCGUCCUUUUUGCAAUGAAGCCAACUGUCGUCAUGUCGGAAACAAAGCUGGUGACAUCAGUUCCCCAAAAAAAACCCUGGCAGUGUGGUCGUCUGCAGUUGGGCAGUUUGCCUGUCACGCUGGGCUGCCUCCUAGGAUGGUGCUGAGAGCUGUCCCAUGCACCCGCACGGUGUGAUGGCCAGUCCGCAGGAGGUCCUCCCGUGGUCACCCGCCUCCCACCUCGCCAAGCAGAGUCUGACGGAGGAGCUGGGGACACCGGGGGAGGACCCCGCGGUCCAGUCCGGAGGCCGCUGCCUCUUGUACUCCCCACCCGAGAUCCUGGACAACCUCCGCGAGAGGACGCCCCCGCAAGGCCAGACUGGCGCCAACUCCAACCAGGCACUCACCGUGACGGUGCUGACCAGCGUCAGUGAGGACACCCGUCACCACUUCCAGAACAGCGUGCUGCAGCUCAGGGAGCAGGAGGACAGCAGCAGGAGCUCCCAGGGAGCUGAGGACAGGAACGGCAAUGAAGGUGAGGGCGGUGAGCAUGAUGGACCGGAGGAGAUGAAGAUCCAUUACAACCGCUCGGGCUCAGGUCUGGGAUCUGGGCCUGGGGGAUUCCUCGAGGGGCUAUUCGGCUGCCUGAGGCCUGUGUGGAACAUCAUCGGGAAGGCCUACUCCACAGACUAUAAGCUACAGCAACAAGAUUCUUGGGAGGUGCCUUUUGAGGAGAUCUCGGAGCUGCAAUGGCUGGGGAGCGGAGCCCAAGGAGCUGUGUUUUUGGGGAAAUUCCGAGGUGAAGACGUGGCCAUUAAGAAAGUGCGGGAACAGAAGGAAACAGACAUCAAGCACCUGAGGAAAUUGAGACAUCCCAAUAUCAUCGCAUUCAAGGGCGUGUGUACCCAAGCACCAUGUUACUGUAUUAUUAUGGAGUAUUGUGCCCAUGGCCAGUUGUAUGAGGUUCUACGAGCAGGCCGUAAGAUCACACCACGACUGUUGGUGGAUUGGUCCUCAGGAAUAGCCAGUGGAAUGAACUAUCUACAUUUACACAAGAUCAUCCACCGAGACCUCAAAUCACCUAACGUCCUGGUUACCCAUGACGACACUGUGAAGAUCUCUGACUUUGGCACCUCCAAGGAGCUGAGCGACAAAAGCACCAAGAUGUCCUUCGCUGGCACUGUGGCCUGGAUGGCACCUGAAGUGAUUCGCAAUGAGCCUGUGUCUGAAAAAGUGGACAUUUGGUCGUUUGGGGUAGUGUUGUGGGAACUUCUGACUGGAGAGGUGCCCUACAAGGACGUCGAUUCUUCUGCUAUCAUCUGGGGAGUGGGCAGUAAUAGCCUGCACCUACCUGUCCCAUCCACCUGUCCCGAUGGCUUCAAGAUCCUCAUGAAGCAAACCUGGCACUGUAAACCUCGCAACCGACCAUCCUUCCGGCAGAUCCUCCUUCACUUGGACAUUGCAUCCGCUGAUGUGCUGGGCACCCCCCAGGAAACCUAUUUUAAAUCUCAGGCUGAAUGGAGGGAAGAAGUGAAGAAGCACUUUGAAAAGAUAAAGAGUGAAGGGACAUGCAUUCAUCGGUUAGAUGAAGAAUUAAUCAGACGGAGGAGAGAGGAGCUAAGGCAUGCCUUAGACAUCAGAGAACACUACGAGAAGAAGCUGGAACGAGCAAACAAUCUCUACAUGGAACUGAGUGCGAUCAUGUUACAACUGGAGAUCAGGGAGAAGGAACUCAUACAGCGUGAACAAGCUGUGGAGAAGAAAUACCCUGGGUCAUACAAGCGACACCUGGUCAGGCCAAUCAUUCGCACCAAUGCCGUCGAGAAACUGAUCAAAAAGAAAGCCUCAAGCCAUAAACCUGGAGCCCAGGGCAAGCGGCCUGACCUGCUGAGGUCGGAAGCCAUCGUGCCGAGCGCGGAGCUUGUCGGCCCGUCGCACUCGCCCGUCUCGGGCAGCCCCAAGACGUCCACUCCGCCGGGGAAGGCGAGGUACCGCGCCAAGCCCAGGCACCGGCGCGGCAACAGCAAAGGCAGCCACCACGAGUUCGCGGGGGGAGUCCCGCGGGGGGCCGCCCCGGUCCCGGCCCCGGCUCCAGCUCCAGCUCCAGGCCCGGCCCCGGAGGAGUGCGCCCUGCAGCGGCUCGGCGACGCCGCCAGCUGCGCCCACAACCUCAAGUACUUCGGCCCGGCGGCGGCGCUGAGAAGCCCUCACACCGACUGCCAGCCGUGCAAGGUGGCCGGCUCCAGCCCCGACCUCAUCCCCACCACGCUGGCGGCGAGCUGCCGGAGGGGCUCCGGCGGAGGGGGCCCCGCCUGCCAGGCCUGCCGGGGGCCCAAGGCCGAGGGCAGAGCACGGAGGGCGGCCGGCAGGUGCGAGGUGGUCCCGGCGGGCGGGGCGGCUUUCCCACCGUCAGUGCUGGCCCAGGCCGCCGAGGCCCAGCGAAUGAGCGACAGGCUUCGGGAGAGCAGCGGGAGCACGGAGGAGAAGCAAGGCUGCAGAACAGGGUCUUCCUUGGGUACCCCUCAGCAACUCACCGCACCCACACUACCUCGCAAGAUGGGAGCCCUCAGAAAGGAGGAUGGAGACGACUCCUCUGAAGAAGAGGAGGGAGAAGUGGACAGUGAAGUUGAGUUUCCACGCAGACAGAGGCCACACCGUUGUAUGAGCAGCUGCCAGUCCUAUUCCACCUUCAGCUCAGAGAACUUCUCUGUAUCUGAUGGGGAGGAAGGAAACACCAGUGACCACUCGCACAGCGGCACUCCAGACGGACUCAGCAACAACAAUGAGGACCGUAUGGAGGACAAACUGGACGAUAUGCUGUCACAAACUCCAGAAAUUCCCAUUGAGAUAUCCAUGCAGUCAGAUGGGCUGUCUGACAAAGAGUCUGCUGUCCGCAGGGUGAAAACUCAGAUAUCAUUGGGGAAACUGUGUGCAGAGGAGCAUUGCUAUGAGAAUUCCAUGCACUUUGGGGAGUCAGAAUGUGAUUCCUCUGAAGCUGAGUGUUCUGACGCAACAGUCCGGAGAGGGAAGGACUGCAGCUUAUCCACCUGGUGAGGGAGGCGGACGGCAAGGUCACCCAGAGGAAAGGAACAUAAUAAAUAUGGACAAAUACACUUGAAGACUAUAGAGACUUCCCGUGGGAACAUACUGCAAUAACACAAAGACUCAGAUACUCUUCGAUAUUCUGCAACAUUCUGUGAUGAAGUAAUUGUAGAGUUCACUAUCAUUUCAAUCAAGUAUGGCAGGGAUCCACUUUGUUGACUAAUGUAGCUAGUGUAAACAUUAACAUUCUAUUUUUGUUUGACACUUCACACUGCAUAAACGUCAAGUAUUCUACAAGAGACAAGUGCAAAGAGGUUGGACAAGACAUCGCAAGUCUUAAUCUUAUUUUUGUUUUUGCAUGGAGUGUAAGGCUCAGGGACCAACACGAGGCUGCACUGCUGCUCUGACCUGAGACUGACUGGGUCAGGAGACACCAAAGUGGGCUACGGUUGAUGGGAGGGCACCCCUCCUGAUGCUCUUCGAUGAAGAGGCAACAGCGAAGAUUCUGGAGUGUACCUGAAUACUUCAGAUGUACAUACAUGAACCAGCCAGGACGAUCAGCUCAACCCGAUGGCAAAUGGAUCAUGGGAUUGGAAGGAGCUUAAUGUCAAAAUGUACUGCCAAGUCUGGAAAGGACUAUUUGUUGGCAGCAUUUGGAAUUGCUGAGGCCACGGUUGGUAAGGGUGGGGGUAUAUGUGAGGGAUGUGUUUGUUAGCGUAAUGAUCCAAUUGGGGGUUCCCAGCACCUGGCACAGAACCUUCCAGCUACCUGGCAAGGUGGACGGAUAGAAAGGCGAUGAGGCAGCUCUGCUCCUUGAGCCUGUUCUGACAUAAUGAGUGGUUGAUCCCAAGUUUGCUCAUUAUUUUUUGAUAUUCGAUGCAAAUCCAUUAGUCUUUGGAAGCCUUCCCACCAAGGCUCUGCUCCAAACCCUUGCCCCUCUCAUAGUGUGAUGCCAGCAUCCGGAAAUGUGGAGAGAUUAUUCCAGAAUUUCACUUGCCUGUAUGCGGGAAGAAAAGGGGAUUCCUGAUGUUAACACCAACCCCCCACUCCCCUCCCCUCAAUCCCAAUUGGCCUUAAUGUUGGAAAGCCACAUACAUUAACAGAAAGGGCUUGAGAUGAGCUUCUGAGUACAAUGUGUCUAGAGCACUGUCUAUCAUCCAUUCCCCAGGCACACAGUGCCAGACAGUGAUAGACAAACCCAGGAGUGAUGGUUUGUCCUGGUGCUAACCCUCACCCAACCGAAAUGGAGAGGGUGGGAGAUGACAGGCCCUUUAAAUGUGAAGUGGUUGUGUGUUUGUGUGCGUUAGGGUUGAGGUUGGUGCUGCUGCUGGUACAUGCUCCAAGUUCAUCCUGUCAUUCUGAUGGAGCUCUUGCUAUGCAGCCAGGCCCUACUGUACUAACUGAGGUGGGGUUACUCUGACCCAAGAGUCUUCCAAAUCAAGCCAUCCAUUUGCCAUCAAUUGAUGCUGGCUCUCUUUCCCAUCCCCAAACCUGGUACUGGAUCCUUUUCUUCUCCCAGCAACAUGAAAAGCCUCGUCGCACAAUGUCAGAGGAAAAUUGCGCAGUUGCACCACCACGCGUCACCAUACAAGCAUCAGAACGUCACAGAACCAUUCCAGAUUUCCCAGCUGCAGCUCACCAGCGGUCAGGGACAACAACAAUUUGUGUUUUUUGUUUUUUUUUUAUUUUAAAGACAGGUGAAUUCCUGACUUCUGGAAGUGAACAGGACAAAAAAAAAAUCAGUAUCAACCAGUUGUGGCUGUUUUGACACAAGUUUCAGAGUGAAACAAAAUGAUUGAAAAUCCUUGUAUUGUUACAGCAAGAUUCGGAACGCGAUACAUUGCUGUUCCACUGCAAGAUACAUUGUUGUGUUGUGCAAAUAUUGAAAUCUCCAGAGUUAGGUGGUCCCUUUCAGGCUUUUACUCUGCUUCUCAUCUUCCAUUUUACCGAGAUGGUCUUCAAAUUCCUGGGUAAUGUGUACAGUAUGCCUGUCAGAUAAUUCUGUUAAAGGUUGUGCUCCUAAGACGAAGGAAGAAAUAAUAAGCCACGUUGUAUGGCUGUAGGAUUUGUCUGUAAUUCCCGUUACGGUCAGGUCACAUAGCCAAACAAUUGGCAAGAGAAUACACCGAUUUUAAAUGUGGAGUGACUAUGCAGUCAUCACUCUCGUUUUCUGAUUCCUGAGUUAGGGAUUUGUCCACUGUUUCCCCCCUCGCUAAGUGCCUCCAGGCCCCCGCAACACAGUUUGUGUGUGCUGGAACCUGCUGCUCUCUGAUACAGACUGCUGGUGAUGUUCCCCGAAAAUGGAUUAGCAUAGUGGGUUUGCCAUUCGGUAAUGCUUCCAGAUCCAGUUACUACCAGCCCUCAGGAAUGUCAGACAAAUUCCCCAGAGGGAAUUUGUGGGGCUACUCUGGAAUCCAGACAAAAUUGUACUCUGCAUAACAAGUCCUGGAACCCCUCCAGCAGAUACCAGUCACUAGCCAGAAAGUUCACUCUGAACUCUCCAUCUAAGCAAUGUGACACUUGUGCCCUCAGAUUUCCCUGUGCCACCAGUGUUGACUGGAUGAAUGGAUCUAACUUAUCAGUCUGCCUGAGCUGCAGGCUGUAUGUUAAUGAUUAACUCCUCAUUAAAUACCUAAAAAUACACAACUUGAUUGCCAGUUCCAGAGACGGCAAGCAAUUCCACAAGAAAGUAGUACAGACCUAGUUAAACUUGUUGCUUGGUGAGAGUGCAUUGCAACACAUGCACACUAAAUUUCUAGGGCAAUCUGGGGGCCCAAAGGAAAAGCCCCAUGCUCCCUCAGUGCCUGUGGAAUCAGCACAUUCCAUUAUAAAUGGUCCAGAAGGAAGCCAUUUGGCUCUGGGAGAGCUAUCCAGUUUGACUCAUGCUUGCUCUUAUCCUGUACCUCUGCAAUUCUUUCCCCUUUUUGUUUAUUUUCAGCCAAAAUUUAAUUGUACAAAUUCCAUCUCGGUAAAAUAUCAAAGAAAGCUGUUAGAGAAGCCUGAAUUGGACAGCAAUAUACUGGAUGAUAAUUCUUUUUGUGUUUUGUUUACAAUCUCUAGAAAUGUAGACUCUGAACAUUCUCACUGUAAAUUUUAGCAGAUGUGUAAUUUUAUGAAGGAAAGGUCAUUACUGCCAAAGCAGUAUCAGAUCAUUUUAAAUUAUUCCUUUGGUUCUGUAGCUGGACUACAUCAGAAUUGUUAAUUUAUCAUUGAGGUUUUGAUUGUUUUUUUUUCUGUAGAUCAGAAUUUUGUAUACUCCCAGGAGAACCCUGAAUCUUUCUUGUGCUCUUUCAGUUACCAUUGGUAUUGACCAUUCCAGGAGUAGGAUUGUAUCAAAUAGUUUGGAAAAUCCUAAAUUGUGAGAGAGGGGUGGUUGGUGCUGGGGAAGAGGAUGAGAAAGCAAGACAGAGCUGACAAUUGGAAAGGUGUAAUUGUUGGAUCAGUGUUUUGGGAACUGUGCCCAUGUACCUCAUUUCCAAUGGCCAGAAUAUGGAAAGCAUUUAAAAAUACUUUAAAGGGUGUAUUCUUUCAGUGUUAUUUAUAAGAUGUAACAAUUCUUCCCUUGUAUCAAGCCUACGAGCUCCAGCACAGUUUAUUUUAUGGAUGUUCCUCUGACCUUCCUUUCCUGAUUUCUCCUGAAGUGCCCCCUCAGGAACAACCAUCCUCUUCCUGAGCCCUCACCCUGUUGGAAAGGAGGAUUCAUCACUCCUUUUCUUAACAGCAAUUAGCAGCAAUUUCCAAACCUGCAACCCUUACCAACUAGAAGGAUAAGGGAGCAGAUACAUGGGAAGACAGCAACCCCAAUUCCCCUCCAAGUCCCUCACUGUCCUGACUUGAAAUUGUAUUGCCAUUCCUUUAUCGUCAUGUGGUCAAAAUCCGACAACUCUUCCUAACAACACUGUGGCUGUAAAAACAUUCCAAGGGCCGCAGCAAUUCAAGAAGGUAACAUCAUCACUUUCUCAAGGGCAGUAAAAGCUGACCUCGUCUGUAAUGCCCAACUCCCAUGAUGAACAAAUAAAGUGAUCUCAGAUCUGUAAAACAUACUGUUGGAUGUAUUGUAGGAGGAUUAAUCACAUGGCCUUCAGUUCAUAUUAGGCACCCACCAUGUCCAUUUUCAGGACAAGAAAACAUUUACCAUUUCUACUUUUGGUAUGAUCCCUAAAUAAUUGUUUUAUCACUAACACAAAACACAUUAAAAAAUGGAACAAACUUUUUGUUUUAUAUUGCUCUCCAUGGUUUUCCUCUUGGAGUUUGCUCCCAACAUUGUCAACAAGAUCAAACUUCAAUAAUUCCUCAUUAAAUAAAACCGAAUUGGCUGGAAAUGCUCAGCAGAAUUUGGCAGCAUCUGUGGAGUAAGAAGAAACACAUUUCAGGAUGGUGACCUGAUAUUCUGAUGUAGUUCCAAUGUUUUCUGAUUACCAGCAUCUACAGUGUUUUAAUUCCUAAUGGGUUGACAACCCUGGUAAAACUGCUGAGCCUUUGCUUCCUUCUGAUCUUGUUAAAACAAACCCAUCCACGUAUUAAGUCACUCACCCACACAAAAUUCCCGCACUCUCAGCUCAGUUUUAAAAGUAGCUUACAAACAAUUCCCCAACAACCUUGUACUUAUUAAGUCAAUAGAACUUUCUCUACAAUUCUAGUUUAUUCUCUUAUAAAUACAAGGUUCCUUAAAUGUCAGUGGUAAUUGGAUGUCUUGGCAUUCUAGUACCAUGCUCAAAGCAUUUCACAGACACACUGACUUGGAUGUUGGUUGCUGCUAAACUUCACACAGCCAUCUCUCACCGUCUCUGCUCUACCAGAUGGCCACCAUCAUGAGCUUACCCACUUAUUCUCUGUCCUGCCCUCGGUCUUCUCAUCUUCUUGCCCUUCUCCCUGCCUUACCCUCAUUCUGUGCCUGUCUCUGACCCACUAUUUUUAGCCUUUUUUUGCUGUACACUCUUUCCCUCAGCCUCACCCUAAUUCUCACACUGCCCAAUUGUAACUUUGUAUUAUCUUUUAAUUCUGACCACCUUAUGAGAUUAAUGUGAACUCAGAGGUAUACAGCA